UGGUGGCUAGGAUAUGAAAAAGUUAAAUGCCGUCCAUAAUUUUUUGUGCAUUCUGUCAUGAAAUAAAAGCUAUUUUAGUGAAUGUCUUUCAAGUAAAAUCAUGUCUAUCAACAUGUCAAAAACUCCCAAAACGCCUAACCGUUCUCCUAGAAGCCGUAUUGAGAUUAAAAGUAAGCUGGAAGCGGAAUUCAGGCGUUUUUCCCUGGACCGGAGUGAAAUUACUACAUUUGAAGAAUUUUACAAUUUGAUAGAAAAAUUUCAUAAAUUAAAUGAAGUUUCCUUCACAAUCAGCUAUACGGAUCCUGUUCAUGGAGAUCUGCUGCCAAUCAACAAUGAUGAUAACUUUGCUAGAGCUAUCAACUCUUCUUGGCCUUGGUUACUUAGGUUAAUUGUACAGAAAAAAGGUGAGAGUUGCGAAGAACUGAAUGGUUAUGGCAGUAGUUGGAAAAGGAAAAAAUUUCUUGGCCAAUACUUGUUACCAUCAGUAGUACCAAAAAGCAGACCUCAUAUAUCCAUAAGUCUCCCGGAGGAUUUUCGUCAAGUUUCUUCAAUCAUUGACGUAGAUGUUGUUCCGGAGACCUGCCGCAGAGUCAGGCUUGUCAAGCAUGGGUCAGAUAAGCCCUUGGGUUUCUACAUCCGUGAUGGAACGAGUGUAAGGGUGACACCUCAUGGUCUCGAAAAAGUACCUGGAAUUUUCAUCUCUCGGCUUGUCCCUGGGGGUCUUGCCGAGAGCACAGGACUGUUGGCUGUCAACGAUGAAGUGCUCGAGGUGAACGGCAUUGAAGUGGCCGGGAAGACCCUUGAUCAAGUCACAGAUAUGAUGGUAGCUAAUUCAUCAAACUUAAUUAUUACAAUUCGGCCGGCAAACCAGUCCAGUGUUGGUUUUCCCAGGCGUGGAUCCGUCGGCCACUCUUCACAAAUGUCUCACGGGUCUCAGCAUUCUAACCAAUCUCUACCUAGUGAUGAUGAUCACUACGACGAAGAUGAAAUUCGUGAUCAUACGGUCUCGAUGGUUCAGGAUACGCCAGAAAAGCCUUCUAUCUCAGAAGAUGAUGGUGUUGUAACUCUUUGAUGUUUUUUGAGCAUCUUGUAUAAAUCUUUAAAAAGUUGCAUGUUUUAUAGGAUAGCGGUGUUUCUAAGAACAAUGGAUAAGCAGUAAUGGUGUUAUUUGUUAAAUCAUUAAGUAUGUAUGUAUGUAUGUAUGAAAGGCUUGUUUUUAUCAGUGUUGAUUUUUAACUAAGUACAAAUUGAAGAUGUGGAAGACUGUAUCUGGCUUUUAGCUGUGUUUUAAGUUUUUAUCCUUGUUCUUAGAACAGUGCCCUUGCAUUCAC